GCCAACUCGUCCGGCCUGCAUCUGCCAUUGAGGAUGAAGGGCGUCUUUCGUUCUACGAGUGGCAGGAACUGCAGGGCCUGCGGGAGCGGGAGAAGGACCACGCCGCGGAGAUCCAAAGGUUGCAGAAGCGCUUGGAGGCCCUCGCAGGCCCGCAGCAUUUGAAGGUUGAGAAUCUCAAGAAGGAGCUUGACCUCACGGACAAGCUUUUUGUUGAGCGCAAUCAACACUGCCGAAAGGUGGAGCUCGAAAAAGCCAACGUGGCUGCAACACUGAAGAGCAAGGAGAAGGAGGUGAAGGACUUGCGAGAGGAGUUAGGGGUCGCAACGGAGCAGGCGCAGGCAGCCCAGAGAUGCCUGGCCGAGAAAGAGACGGAGAACAAGGCGCUGCAGCGAAAAUGCGAGCGGUUGGAGCGGAGUCUCAAGGCACACUUCUUGCGAAACGCGUGGGAGGGACGGCCAGAAGAGUCAGGGACUGGCAAUCAGGAAACCGUGGUUCUGGAAAGUUGUGGCCAGCAGCAGUCCAAGAUCUAUCGCUCACAGCGGGCCUCUGAGAGCCUUUCGGAACUUUACCUCUCCCUCCUGCAGCCUUGUGCGCCGGUGCUGUAG